UAGUUUUCGACACUGGCUUACAGCUUAACAUGUUGCUAUUUUAUUGGGUUCUGAUUGCUAUUUUAUUGGGUUCUGAUUGCUAGUUUUUGCUGAAUCCAAAAACCAUGUUAUUUAUUUAAGCGAUCCAGGUUAUUAUUAUGAUGGUGGCUAAGUUUUUUUUUUUCCAAGGGUAAAUUUUCUGGAUUCUCCAGUGUUUCUGUGGCCAAAAUUCUUCUGAAAGCUUUAUGUUUUCUGGAGACAGUGGCAUACAAUGUUAGACGACAACUAGAUCACAUCAACUGAAGUAGACAAAAAGGUUCUUUCUGUCUCACCAAAACAUUGGCAAAUACACCAUCGUAGAUGUACGUGCUUGCCAGUCAGUUUUAGAAAUUUAAGCACAAAAUCUCAAAGCUGUCUUCACUCUUAACUCAGUCAUGAGUCGUGACUGAGUUUGGUUUAAUGGACCUGUUUCCUAUUGUGUUCUACUCAUACUCAAAACUGUUGUGAUGGCUUAAAUCGUGAAUAAGUUAAUGUUUGAACUUAAGUCUGUUUAAUUUAAUAGGGUUGUUUUCGGUUAUUUUCUAUUAAUAAAUAAAUUUGUUGUCCUAGUGUGAGGAAUAAUUUGUUUGGCUGGUGUUCAUCAGACAUCCAGGCUCCUAGGUAGAGACAUCCAGGACACCUAGCUGUCUACCGAGGACAAUCCAGGUUCCUAGGUGAUGACUUUAGCGAAAUGUUAAACAGAUUUUUUAGCUUACUAUAAAUAAAAGUGUUUCUUGCUUCAUGAGGGAAAAAAUGCCCCACCUUAAUAAAAUUGAAAAUAAUGUUUAAUUUGCUCCAAUAAUUUAAACUAAUGUUAUCUAUUGAGACUUGUGAAGGAGGCUGUCGGUUUCCAGGGGAAGCUUGUGUGGGACUCCAGCAAAGCAGACGGCAUAACCAGGAAGGCAAGAAGAUCAUGGAUAGCUGGGUUGCCGUAAUGUGUCAAAUACUGCAUAACUGCUAGAUAGCUGCGUAACCGUUGAUAUUGAACACUCCUGCAUACAGAGUCUUACGAUCAAAACUGACGGAUCAUGAAUGGAUGUUCUUGGCCUAUAAACAAUUGCUUCCUGAUUGAGCAAGCUCAGUUUGAUUUUUUUAAAAAUACAUUGUGUUGAGGAGAAAAAAAAAAUCAGUGCUUCAUUUUAUACUCUACCGGUCACCAUUGAAGAGCCUUUGAUCAAAGGGCACUAAAUUGGCUGGGCAAGCUCUGGUUUGCAUUUCUUCUGGGUUUUUGUUUACGUCAUUUAAUAUUGCCUAAAAAUUAAUUUUGCCGUCUUUUGAGUUUCGUUCGGCUGGUGUUCGUCGGACCUGUAGGCUGCAGGUUCUGGCUGUUUCCAGUUUAUUUUCUUACUGGUGUACACUCCAUGUUCUGUUUUGACUGAAUGUUAGCAAAGAUUUUUCAGGUUCGAAUGUUGGAUGAAUGGCCACAUUGAUCACAUAGGCAGUAAGUAUUUUAUCUAACAAAAAAAAAAUUCAGAACGAUUCUGGAAAUUGUGCGGUACCAACACCAUCGUAUGCAAGGUUUGCUGAAGCUGGACACGCCACUGCAGAAUUCCAUUUGCUGCUCAUCAGAAUACACACAGCGGCUACCAACAGCAACAGACACAUGCACUGGUUACUACAAUAGUUGAUGCAUUCACGCACAUGGCUGCCAGUCUCAGAAAAGUUUUAUUCGAGAAAUCUAACCAUAUGAUCUCACAUCACAUUGCAUGGAACGAACCUACAGCUUUGUUACACUCUUCUUCUCCACCCAGCAAGUCAUUCGGGGAGCUGCUUUUUCCUCGGUAAAAAGAGCUACAUACAGUGUGGCCCUCAAAACUGAAAGGAUACUUGAAGGAAAUCUUUGCUUUUUGAUCGGUUCACUCUUUCUCUACUACUAAGCUUUUGAUCGAUCAAUCUUAUCUUAUGCCACAAGAUCCACAAAGGAGUGAUGAUGUGCAGCGCCAGAAAACUUUUUGCAAAUUGCAAUACUUAACGCAGUGCAGAGGAAUCAAAUGCCUACACGAUCAAAUUAUCCCCUCUUAAUAACUUGCUGUAAAAAACUGGUUCUACUCGCUUUGCUAAUUAACCCAACGACUGUAGCCAAAUGCUUAACAAACUUGUGUGAUGAAGAACACAAGACCAGCAAAGUGUCGGAUUAGCGGGUUUGUCGGUGACGCUGCACGGAAGCAAUGUAGUAAACAAUUAGUAAGAUGAUCUGAAAGAGGUGAUGAUGAGCCACUGAAAGCUGGGCAAAACAAGGAUAUAGGGCCUUUGAGGCCAUUGCAGGAAAGGAUCCUGUUCUUUUCUUGCUCCAUCUUUCUUCCAUCCACAAACGUCGAUGCCUCCACCGCAACCGCAGCCACCAUGAUGAGGAUUGCAAAAGAGACCACACCGUGUCGUCUUGGCUUGCUUGCUCGUUGUGCCGCUGCAUGUGGGGCUACUCGUCUCUUUCCCAGCUUCAGAAUCACAUUCCUGAUGGGCACACACGCACACGUGCUGGCUGUGGCUCUGAGAGAGGGAGAGUGCGAGUGGACCAUGCAUAUGAAAGCGCUGCGAAACUUAACCGGGAUGCAGCUUGCGACCUCUACCAUAGCUUGAUUCUCUUAGACCGGUCUCGAAUGCUUCUGCAAGAAAUCCUAUCGAAUAUUUAUCAUUGCCAUGUAUGUCUGCAAGAAAACCUGUCUUUUUUAUCUGAAUAAUUCAGUAUUAGCUCUGCAUAUGUCAGUGUUAAUGAAGUAAGCUCUGUGGAGUCUAGACCAACACAAAACAAAGAAAACAUUCCAUGUAUUUAUAGACCCUCCCAGUUCAGAGACUUGUGUAGGUAGACUUGCUGUACUCUGCGCCACACACGGCUGCUAGCUAGUGUACACAGAGUCACAGACAGACCAGUAGGCCAAGUGAUCGAGUGAACAUUUGUGUCGGCUACGUAGGCGCAGCAAUGGCGGUGAGCACCAGGAGGCGGCACAGCAGCAGCAGGAUGGUGGCCGUGCCGGCGCCGGUGGUUCUUGGAGUGGCCAUGGUCGUCGUCGUCCUGGCCAGCAGCGCGACCGGCGCGAGCGGGCAGCUGAGGAUGGGGUUCUACGCCGAGAGCUGCCCCGGCGUGGAGCGAAUGGUGGGCGACUUCGUCCGGCAGCACGUCCGCCGCGUGCCCACCGUCGCCGCCGCGCUGCUCCGGCUGCACUUCCACGACUGCUUCGUCAGGGGCUGCGACGCCUCCGUCCUGCUCAACUCCACCGCCGGCAGCGUGGCCGAGAAGGACGCGCCGCCGAACCUGACGCUGCGCGGCUUCGACUUCGUCGACCGCGUCAAGACGCUCGUCGAGGAGGCCUGCCCAGGCGUCGUCUCCUGCGCCGACGUCCUCGCGCUCGCCGCCCGGGACGCGGUCGUCGCCAUUGGUGGGCCGUCGUGGCGCGUGCCGACGGGGAGGAGGGACGGCACGGUGUCGACCAUGCAGGAGGCGCUCAACGACAUCCCCAAGCACACCAUGACCUUCCAGCAGCUGGCCAACCUGUUCGCCAGCAAAGGCCUCGGCGUCCGUGACCUCGUCUGGCUCUCAGGCGCGCACACGAUCGGCAUCGCGCACUGCUCCUCCUUCGCCGACCGCCUCUACGGCUACCCCGGCGCCGGCGCCGGCAACGACACGACGGACCCGUCCCUGGACGCGACCUACGCCGCCAACCUCCGCCGGCGCAAGUGCCGGGCGGCGAGCGGCGGGUACGCCGAGGACGCCGUGGUGGAGAUGGACCCGGGCAGCCACCUGACGUUCGACCUGGGCUACUACCGCGCGCUGCUCAAGCACAGGGGCCUGCUCCGCUCCGACGCCGCGCUGCUCACCGACGCGGCGGCGCGCGCCGACGUCGAGAGCGUCGUGGGCGGCGCCGAGGAGGUCUACUUCCAGGUGUUCGCGCGGUCCAUGGCCAGGCUCGCGACGGUGCAGGUCAAGACCGGAGCUGAGGGGGAGAUCAGGAGGAACUGCGCCGUCGUGAACGGCGGCUAGCUGUGAUUUUGCUCUUACAUUUGGGUGGGUGAUUUAUACUUGGUACAAUUAUUAUGUUAAAAAAUUUUGUUACCCUUGCUCGUUGUUAGAGUAUUAUCAUUACUUGUGAUGUUGAUGGUUUUGUAUGGCAACGUACUAGAAAGUUGGAGGCACUUCAACAAGAUUUUCUAACAUGUUUAAUAGACACAAUAAGCUAUGUCAUGAUUUACACCUUGUUUAGAUUCAAAAAAAAUUUAGAUUUUGAUAUUAUAA